AUGCAGAGAGUCAUCCAACGGACGGCUUCGGCCCGGAAGCAGGCACUGCGAAAAACCAACAAAGCCCAUGAACGACAGGAACUGUUGGAACGUGUCGGGAUUCGACGCUCGCGGAAGGAGUUCGGCGCCGCACUAUCUGGUCAAUUUCAAGCAGCACGAAAGAACCGUUGGGAGGAUUGGGAAAAGGGACCGCUUGCCCCCAUGCGAGAUUCUGGUCUGGACCGCACUACAUACGGUGGUCAGGGGGCUGUGACCUUGCACCCACCGCGCCUUCCUAAGCAUGAACAGCGGAGGCACGUCCUCUUCGCCGAAGGCGACCGGGUCUGUGUUGUGCGAGGACGCGACCAGGGCAAGAUCAACGUCAUCCAGCAGGUCAACCGGGAUAGCGAGACCGUUCUCAUCAAAGAUAUCAACGUGGGUGACGUGAUCAUUCCUGAAUGGGCCAAAGAUAGGAUGGCCGGCGCAGGCGAUACCCAAGCGCAGCCCUUCCCAGUGUCCUUCGACGAUAUCCGACACGUCAUUCCACUUGAAGACGCGGAGAGUGGAAAGUUGCAAAACGUCAUUGUUGAGCAUGCCUAUGCUGCUGGGCCUUAUACCGAGCGAUCCGAACACAGCAAACUCCCAAGAUAUACUCGCUAUGUGUCCGGCUUGGACAUUGAGAUCCCCUGGCCGUUGGAGGACGAACCUGUCAUCACCGAUGGUGACAUGGACACAACACGAAUGGCGGCUGAGAUGAGCACAUUCAUUCCCACACUGGCGCAGCCACCCAUGCCAUCAACCGUUAUUGAUGAGCUGCGCAACAAAUACUCUAGGUUCCGCACUCGACACGACCCAGAAUAUCUGGCACAAAAGAUGAAGCAGGACUAUCGCAAGGAGUACAGACAAACUGUCUCCAUGAUGACACCGCAGACAGAUGCCAAAAACAUCAAGAUUGCUCAAGCCGCGGCACGGAGGGAGGCCAAAUUGGAUGCCAAUGGAAACCCUCAAAUGACCAAGGCUUCCAUUGCUUUCAUUGCCCAGCACCUCCAAGAAUCAGGGAAUUUCGUCCCGACCCAGCCCAAGAAGUCCAAGAAGUCCAAGAAGUCAAAGUCCAAGCAGGUUGCUUGA